GAGGUGGAGACAGAUGCAGCAACGUAUAGGGCGUCGUCGAAGGAGGUGCGGUCCAACAUCUUGAUCUACGAGGCCGCGGCGCUCUCCCUGGGCGAGGGGCGGGCGCGCCGCGCGGCGGAGGAGGAGUGGCAGAGGGCCCUGACGGCGGGCCCCGGGGUGAUUGUCGUCAAGGAGUGCCUUUGACGUGAACGUUGUUGACCGGGUCACUGCCGCAUUCAAGGCUCAGAUUCAGGAGGAGAAACCGAACGCGUGGUGCCACGUCGAGCAUCCGAACCUCGGCCAGGGCGACCACUUUGGGAAGCCGGGCGAGAACAGCCGCGUGUGGAACGCGCUGGAGAAGCUGGCAGUGAGAGAGCCCGAGGCUUUCGUCGACUACUACUCGAACCAUGUUCUCGCCGCGGCGUCCCACUGCUGGCUGGGCCCCGGCUACCAGGUGACGUCACAGGUCAAUGCCGUGAACCCGGGCGGGGCAGCGCAGGAGCCUCACCGUGACUACCACCUCGGCUUCAUGCCUGGCAGCUCGGCGGCCCGGUAUCCGGCCCACGCCCACGAUCUCUGCCCAAUGCUGACCCUGCAGGGCAGUGUCGCGCACGUGGACAUGCCCGUGGAGUCGGGGGCGACCAUGUUCCUGCCCUUCUCGCAUCUCGCGCUUUCGCCACGGCUACCUGUGCUGGCGCCGCGAGGAGUUCAAGCGCUACUUCGCCGCCCGCCAGGUCCAGCUGCCCCUCGCCAAGGGCGACGCCGUCUUCUUCAACCCGGCGCUGCUGCACGGCGCCGGGGCGAACUCGACCUCCGACGUCUGUCGCAUCGGCAACCUGCUGCAGGUGUCCUCGGCAUUUGGUCGAGCGAUGGAGACUGUAACCGGUCCCGCGUGUCGCUCGCAGUCUACCCCGCGCUGAUCGCCGCCUCGCGGCGCGAGGCCUGGACGCCCCAGCUCACGGCCAACGUGGUCGCCGCGGCCGCCGAGGGCUACUCGUUCCCGACGAACCUGGAUCUUGACCAGCCCAGCUCGAGGGAAGGAUGGUCGACGAGUCGACGCUGACCAAGAUCGACGGUGACCACUUCUCGUUCCACGUUCGGUUCCCGACACGUUCACGACGUUUCCACGCUCAGUCCUGACCAAGAACCCGACGAAGAAUCGACACGACGUUUCCACGUUCAGUCCUGGUCAUGGUUCCCGUCUUCUUCCCCUCCACUAUCGGUGGCCUUGCACCCAAGACGCAUGCGGACAUAUUGAC